AGCGACUCGUCGAUUUCAGUUGCAGGUCUGGUCAUCACUACCACACAGUGUUCGUGAAUCCACUCCCAAAUCAAUUCAGCAAUAAAUGCUCUGAAUAUUCCUGUCAUCUUUGAAUUGAAGAAGAGUUUCCAGAAGAGCAGGACAAACUUCAAGUGUGUCAACAAUUUCUGACAUACUAGUGCAAAGAUGGAUUUUAUUAAAGAGGAGAGAGAGGACAUGGGUUAUCCAGAACCACUCAGAGUGAAAGAUGAAGAAACUGAGGAACAAAUAGACCUGAUGGAAGUGAAAGUGGAAAGUCAAGAACUGGAUGAAGUGGAAGAGAAACAUCAGUAUCAGAUACCUAAUAAUUCUGAAAGGAAUUCCUCUCAAAAAAGAAGUAAAAAAACAAGAGCCAAAAAAUCUUUAACCUGCCCUCAGUGUGGAAAGAGUUUCAUGCAAAAAGGACACCUUGAGAAUCACUUAAGAAUUCACACUGGAGAGAAGCCUUUCACAUGCCUUCAGUGUGGAAAGAGUUUCACAGAAAAAGGACACCUUGAGAAUCACUUAAGAAUUCAUACUGGAGAGAAGCCUUUCACAUGCCCCGAGUGUGGAAAGAGUUUCUCAUGUUCACAAAGUCUCAAAUAUCAUCUGCACUCUCAGCACACGGGAGUAAAAUCGUUGAAGUGUGAUCAGUGCGAUAAAAAAUUUAUAUUGACAUCACACCUAAAGGCACAUAUGAGAACUCAUACAAACGAGAAGCCUUACAUGUGUUCUAUUUGUGGAAAGAGUUAUGCAUGGUGGCACAAUUUUAAAGAGCACCAGAGAAUGCAUACCGGUGUAAGAGAUCAUGUGUGUUUUGAGUGUGGGAAAACCUUUAUAAGAGCUGACGACUUGAAGCUGCACCAAAGAGUCCACACAGGAGAAAAACCUUACACAUGUUUACAUUGUGGAAAGUGUUUCAGUCGGCUAGGAGUCCUGAAAAUACAUGAGCGAGUUCACACUGGAGAGAAGCCAUACCACUGCCAUCCAUGUGGGAAGAGCUUUAGCCAAUCAGGUCAAUUAAUGUAUCAUUUUAAAAAGUGUAAUGGAAAGUUGUCACCAUGAGCAAAAUUCCUCUUCACACAAUAUAUAUAUAUAUAUAUAUAUAUAUCUCAAUGUGUAAGAGGAUCUUAUGGACCCCAGUACAAGAACACCAUGUGGGUAGACUGGGUACAUUUCAGGUGUCAAUUUCACUAUCACAUGAACUUCUAAUGCUGUAAAUUAUACAGGGAUAACAUUGAUACAUUGUAUAAAUUGUAAUAAAAUAAAAUGACCUUACAGGGCCACCUGAAUUAUGUAGUAUAAUUGCAGUUUAGUUAACAUAUAAUAAUCAGCUUAUCCUUAAUCUGCACAGUGGAAACAAUGGCCUCGCCCACGACUGGUAACAGACUCCACAAUCCUCUCCGGAGUGAUCUACACACAGUCCGCCAUUUUUUUCCCCACUCGAGCAGAUACAGUGAGAAGAAUAAUGUCUCAGCUUCGUAAGAGUCAUAAGUGUUCUGUUGUUUGCUGUAAAAGUGAACAUAAUAGUUUUCAUGUACCGGCACCAGAACCACUGAAGAUCAGUGGACAAGCUGGUCUGGUAAUGUGGCAUACCACAUUUUCCCUGUGGGCCGACACACUUUAGGGCCGAUCAGGUCUUAGGGCUCUUCUCAACUUAGUGCUACAUAAAAAAAAAUCAAGAAAGAGCUUUGAACGGCAGCCACAGUGCUUUGCUCUUAUCUAGUUCUUAUUUUUUAUCCUGUGUUUGCUGCUCAAAACCUAAUAAGAUACUCCAAAGAGAGAUUUCUCGACAUCAGGAAUACAAUACCACCUGGAAUGACUUCAGACUUUUUGCUACCUUUGGAUUUAUUGGGAAUUAUCACUAAGAGUGCAGGAGUAGAGGUAAAAGAGCGUGGGCCCUAGUGUAUCUACGGCAGCAGUGUUUUCGAACACAUCUUCCAGGAAUGUACCUCUCAAACGAGUGCUCAUUAAGCAAUAAAAUUGAUGAACUCCAUCUUCUUAUACAAGCAAACAGGGACUUUUCUUCUACUGUGCUUUAUUGAAACCUGGCUGGGUGAAACAAUUCCGGAUAUUGCUCUCCAACUGCCAGGCUUUCAACUUUUCCAAGCAGACCGGCAAGCUGGGACAGCGGGGAAAUCACAAGGAAGAGGAAUAUGUCUGUACAUUAAUGAAGUUUGGUGCAAAUGUUCAUCACAGCUAGAAACCCUUUUUUUAUAGACAGUAGACCAUUCUACUCACCUUGGGAGUUUACAUCUUUUAUUUUCAUUGGUGCUUACAUUCUACCUCAUGCCUGUAUGCGAGACACGCAACAACAGUUGGCCGAUCAAAUAAACAAGGUGGAGAGACAUUACCUGAACUCCCCACUUAUAAUUAUUGGUAACUUCAAUAAUGCAAACCUCACCAAAGAAUUGCCGAAAUACAAACAACACAUCACAUGCAACGCUAGAGAAGAAGAAGAAUGCUGGACAACUGUUACACAACAAAAAAAAGACUCCUAUCGCUCUGCUUCCAAAGCUGCGCUGCAUCAGUCCAAACAUAAUAUUGUUCAAUUCAUUCCAAGAUACAAACAGAAAGAUAAAUCUUCCAAACCAGUCAUUACCAAAUUUAAGAAAUGGAAUAAUGGAACUAUAGAAACACUUAUGGGCUGUUUUGACUCUACAGACUGUCAUGCUUUUAAAGAAUCAACAAAUAUUCUGGAUGAAUACACAGAAGCAGUGAUGUCAUACUUCUGGUUCUGUGAAGACAGCUGCAUUCCAAUGACAAGCCUUGGUUUACACAAACUAAAACAACUUCAUAAACCUAAAAAGCAGGCCCACAAAUCUAUACAUACUGGAGAAGGUAAUCAGGGCUGCCAAGCAUGGCUACUUUGAGAAGCUUAAGAAACAGCUGCAUCAACAGCAUGGAAGUGCUUCCAGAAAUGUACAGAUUACAAAAAGAGGAAAACACUUUCAGUCUGUGUUUGACCAACACAUUUCCAAUGAUCUCAAUAACUUCUAUUGUAGAUUUGAACAAUCUAAUAUUAAUUUGUGUCCACAUAUCAGACCACACUCAUCCCACCAUCAUCUAACCUGCAAUCAAUCCCACCCCUUACACAGCAUUGCCGUUUAAAUGUGACCCACCUCUCACUUGAGAUCAAAGAGCAAGACAAUAUCAAACUAUUCAAAAAGCAGACUACAGGUAAAGCACCUGGUCCUGACUCUGUCUCUCUGUCCUAUUUGAAGAACUGUACUGAUCAACUAACAUGUGUUCACAGACAUAUUUAACCAGUCACUGGGUCUGUGCACUGUCCCUGUUUGCAUUAAAACAUCAAUCAUCACCCCAGUCUCCAAAAAGCAGAAGAUAAUAAACCUGAAUGAUUAUAGACCUGUUUCCUUAACAUCAGUAAUGAAAACAUUCGAACGGCUGGUGAUGUCUUACCUCAAAUCCAUUACUGGACCCACUGCAAUUUUCAUACAGAUCAAAUGGAGUAACUUAAUCAGAAGGGUGCCGGUUCGAUCCCCACAGCCACCACCAUUGUGUCCUUGAGCAAGGCACUUAACUCCAGGUUACUCUGGGGGGAUUGUCCCUGUAAUAAGGGCACUGUAAGUCAUUUUGUAUAAAAGCGUCUGCCAAGUGCAUAAAUGUAAAUAGGUUGACACACGAUGCAGUCAAUAUGGCCCUUCACUACAUUCUUCAACAUUUUGGCAGCCCAGAAACUUACACCAGGAUCCUCUUUGUGGACUUUAGCUCAGCAUUUAAUGCCAUAAAACCAGAGCUUCUACAGGCCAAGCUCUCACACUUAACUGUCCCUGAUGUGUCCCCAUCUGCAGGUGGAUAACAUAUUUCCUCACCACCAGAAAACAAAAGGUUUGGCUUGGAAAGUUCACAACAGGCUCACAAACAGUCAACACAGGGGCACCACAAGGAUGUAUGUUGUCUCCACUUCUUUAAUCUCUCUACACAAAUGAAUCCACUUCAAUGGUCCCAUAUGUAAAUCUCCUUAAAUUUGCUGAUGAAACCAUGCUAAUUUGCCUUAUAAAGUAUGGUGAUGAUAGUCCCCCAUUGCUUCAAAAGUGAAAAAGGCAUAAAUACAAAAGGACAACAGACUUUGCACACUUCGGUAUGGUAUUCGCAAAUGUUCACUGUUUUUCUAUUACCAUUUAUUUAUUGACUCUUGAUUUAUUAAAUAUUGAUCUAAUUGGUGUCAAUCACACUUUUCUUAGCAUCAUUGAAAACCCUGUAUGGGUACUGUUAUAUACUGGACUGUAUUGCAUUGUAUCAAAUUGUAUAGUAUGUAUCGUUAUUGUGUAGGCCUACCGGAAAAUAUUUGUAUUGUAUACUUACGGAAUGUACACUGCCGUUUAAAAGUUUGGGGUCAUUUACUCAUUCUUUUUUUUCCUUCACAUUUUAGAAUAAUAGUAAAGUCAUCAAUUCUAUGGAAUAACAGAAAUGGAACUGGAAAUUAUGUAUGUUGUGACUAAAAAUAAAUCAUGUAAACUAUAUAUUUUAGCAUCUUCUAAAUAGCCACUCUUUGCCUUGAAUUUGCAGACAUGUACUCUUGGCAUUUUCUCAACCAACUUCUUGAGGUAUCUCCCUGGGAUGAUUUUUAAACAGCAUUGAAAGAGCAUCAAUCUAUGCUGGGCACUUAUUGGCUUCUUUUCUUUAAUAUUCGGUCUAAGUCAUCCAUUUCAAAACCUUCUUUUUUUUUUUUUUUUUAUAAAUACAUUUGUUGAAACAUUUCAGUCAAAUGACCCCAAACUAUUGAACGGCAUUGUACUUUCAUUGUCUUUGUUGGGGAACAACGUACCAAGAUAAAUUCCUCAUAAUUGUAUCUUACUUGGCCAAUA